CAGGGGACUGAGGCCACCAUGGCUCAGAAGUCUCUCAUCCUGUUCCCACUGCUAGUCCUGGUGCUGUUGGUGCUGGGGUGGGUCCAGCCUUCCCUGGGCAAGGAAUCACGGGCCAUGAAGUUUCAGCGGCAGCACAUGGACCCAGAGGGCUACCCCACCAACUCCAGCUACUGCAACCAAAUGAUGAGGCGCCGGAAAAUGACAGAGGGAAGGUGCAAGCCGGUGAACACUUUUGUGCAUGAGCCUUUGGUGGAUGUCCAGGCCAUUUGCCUCCAGGGAAACAUCACCUGCAAGAAUGGGCAGCCCAGCUGUCACAAGAACAGCUCCAGCAUGAACAUCACGGACUGUCGCCUGACGAAUGGUUCCAAGUACCCCAACUGUGCACACCGGACCAGCCAGAAAGAGAGGCAGAUCAUUGUGGCUUGUGAGGGAAACCCCUACGUGCUGGUCCACCUUGAUGCUUCAGUAGAGGUCUCCAUCUGA